AUUCUGCCAUUUUAAUACCUUAAGAAUUAAAAUCAAAUUACAAACACAGACAAAUCAAAUCAAAUAAAGUAGCAGAAUUAAAAUCAAAACCCAAUUCCCAAAAACCCCUAAAAUUUUCAGAUUAUAAUUCCAUAUGUCACUAGCUACAUUCAAAACCCUAAAACCAUGUAAAACCCUAAAUUCAUCAACAUCAAAAAAUUCACCUUUUUUAACAGACCAAUUAGCCCAAGAACCAGAAUUUCCAAGAAAGCCUCCAAAAUCCAAUCUUGCUAAACAGCUUCAACGCCUUGGAGUUGGAGGAGACUAUUUUUCAUCACAAAAUUCAGGGACCCAAUUGUCCCAAAAGUCACCAAGUUUUGAACUUCAAACCCCAGUUGAAAAAAAUGAAAAGGAAGAAGAAAAAUGUACAGAAUUGGAUGAUUUGGAGGAAAAAAAAUUGGGCCAAUUUCAGUUUGAUCAUAUAGGACCAUUUGAGCCAUUAAUUCUUACUUUGCCUGAGGAGGUUCCUAUUGUGCAGGUUCCUGCUUCUAUUAACUGUAGAUUGCUUGAACAUCAGAGGGAGGGGGUGAGGUUUUUAUAUAAGCUAUACAGAAACAAUCAUGGAGGUGUUCUUGGUGAUGACAUGGGACUGGGCAAGACUAUUCAGACAAUUGCCUUCCUGGCUGCUGUUUAUGGAAAGGAUGGAGAAUCUGCUGGCUCUGCUAUGUUAUCGGGUAAUCAGGUUGGGAAACAAGGCCCUGUACUAAUAAUUUGCCCCUCCUCUGUCAUCCAUAACUGGGAGAUUGAAUUCUCUAGGUGGGCAACCUUUAAUGUUUCUAUCUACCAUGGUGCAAACCGGGAUUUGAUUCAUGAGAAAAUAGAAGCGGGCGGAGUUGAGAUUUUGAUCACCAGUUUUGACACAUACAGAAUCCGUGGGAGAAUUUUGUCAGAAUUUAAAUGGGAGAUUGUAGUUGUUGAUGAGGCGCACCGGCUUAAGAAUGAGAAAUCAAAACUUUAUGAAGCAUGUUUAGAAAUUGGCACACGGAAACGAAUUGGUCUAACAGGUACUGUUAUGCAGAAUAAAAUUAUGGAACUUUUUAAUCUUUUUGACUGGGUUGCCCCUGGUUCACUGGGGACGCGGGAACAUUUUAGGGAGUACUAUGAUGAACCCCUCAAGCAUGGUCAGAGGGCAACUGCACCUGAAAGAUUUUUUCAGGUAGCUAAUGAGCGUAAAGGGCACCUAGUGGAAGUUCUUGCUAAAUACCUGCUUAGAAGAACAAAGGAGGAGACCAUAGGCCAUCUUAUGUUGGGGAAAGAAGAUAAUGUUGUAUUCUGUGCGAUGAGUGAAUUACAGAGACGUGUUUACAAGAGAAUGCUACAAAUACCAGAUAUACAGUGCCUGAUAAAUAAGGACCUUCCAUGUAGUUGCGGUAGCCCUCUUAAACAAGUAGAAUGCUGUAAAAGGAUCGUGCCUGACGGGAUUAUAUGGCCAUACCUUCACAGGGAUAACCCUGAUGGUUGUGAUUCAUGCCCCUUUUGCCUUGUGCUCCCUUGUCUUGUCAAGCUUCAACAUAUUAGUAAUCACCUGGAGCUGAUUAAGCCUAACCCUAGGGAUGAAGCAGAUAAACAAAGAAAGGAUGCAGAAUUUGCCUCUGCGGUAUUUGGUUCCGACAUAAAUUUGGUUGGGGGGAAUGCCCAAACUGAGAGUUUCAUGGGUCUGAGUGAUGUUAAGGAUUGUGGAAAAAUGAGGGUGCUGGAAAAAUUGUUGUCCUCUUGGGCUUCACAAGGUGACAAGCUUCUUCUCUUCAGCUAUUCUGUCAGGAUGCUGGACAUAUUGGAAAAAUUUCUCAUACGCAAAGGAUAUAGCUUUUCAAGACUUGAUGGUUCUACUCCAACUAAUUUGAGACAGUCUAUGGUUGAUGACUUUAAUUCAAGCCCAAGCAAACAGGUGUUCCUAAUAUCAACUCGAGCUGGUGGGCUUGGGUUGAAUCUUGUAAGUGCAAACCGUGUGGUUAUAUUUGAUCCAAACUGGAAUCCUGCAUAUGAUUUGCAGGCCCAAGAUAGGUCAUUUCGAUAUGGGCAGAAACGACAUGUUAUAGUUUUUAGAUUACUUGCAGCCGGAUCCUUUGAGGAACUUGUAUAUUCUCGUCAGGUAUAUAAACAGCAGCUAUCAAAUAUUGCUGUCUCCGGGAAAAUGGAAAAACGAUAUUUUGAAGGUGUCCAGGAUUGCAAGCAAUUUCAGGGCGAGCUUUUUGGAAUCGCAAAUUUGUUCCGUGAUUUAUCAGAUAAGCUGUUCACCGGUGAAAUCAUUGAAUCACAUGAGAAACAGCAAAAAGAUGAUGAGCAUAGCUCUUUCACCUAUCAGGAACUAGCUGAGAUUGGAGGCUAUUUUCAUCCUCAGGAACAAGUUGGUCCAACAGUCAUAUCAGGGUCGGAAACGGAAACUAAUAUGCCGAGUCAUGAUGACAGUGCUACAGCAGAUGAACCUGUGCUUGAGGAUUUAGGUAUUCUAUAUGCUCACCGUAACGAGGACAUCGUCAAUUUCGGGACCGGUACUCAAAAGAAAAAUGAAGAAAGCGUUUCUGAAAAUGUGAGCUUGGCGGCCCCUAGUAAACGGAGAAGAAAAUCAGAUGAUGUGGCUGAAAAAGAAAAUCUUAUAUCGUCCAAGGAUCGGAAGAGGGCCGAGUAUAGCCUCCUUGCUCGGUACAUGGGAAUGGGAGAGGUCGAGUUCAGUAAAUGGGUACUAGCUGCAACUCCAUCAGAAAGAGAAGGGGUGCUUCAAAAGUUCAAGAAGAGAAAGCAGAAGCUACCUAAUGGUUGAAACAUAAUUUGAUUUCAAAUGUUAACAGCUAUGUAUAGUGUAUUAUUCUUUUAGUAAAUUUAAUUACAAGCAA